AUGGAUCGAAGUUGGAUGAGAGCAUCACGCAUCACUGCUGAGUAUGGGACUGGGGUGGAACAGUUUCUCCAAUUUACCGAAAUGCAUGCCCCCUCCUUGCGCGGCAAAUAUUUUUGUCCAUGUGUAAAAUGUGCAAAUGGUAGACACCAGACGCUAAGUGAGAUAAGAUCACAUCUAAUAUGUCACGGGAUGAUUCCAAAUUACACAAACUGGAUAUGGCAUGGGGAAUUGCCAGACAAUCCAACAUUGUCUCACACUGAGGCAAUCGAUGUAGAUACGGGUUGUCGUAUAGAAGAAAUGAUUCGCGACUUAGGGCAGGAUGGUUUUCGGCAAGCACAUGCUCCUUUGUAUGACAAAAUAGAGAAUGAUUCAAAGACUCCUUUGUAUUCUGGGUGCACAACAUUCACAAGGUUGUCAGCGGUCUUAGCUUUAGUCAACUUGAAGGCACGAUUUGGCUGGAGUGACAAGAGCUUUACUGAAUUGCUAGUGUUAUUGAAAAAGUUGCUUCCUGAAGAUAACACGUUGCCAAAGAGUCAAUACGAGGCGAAGAAGAUCUUAUGUCCAAUGGGAAUGGAGUACCAGAAAAUCCAUGCAUGCCCAAAUGAUUGCAUAUUGUAUAGAAAUGAGUAUGCAAAAAUGCGCACAUGCCCAACAUGUGGUGUAUCCCGCUACAAGGUCAAAAACCAUGAAGAGAGUGAUGUUGCAACCGCAGAGAACAGUCAUCCAGCAAAGGUUUGCUGGUAUCUUCCAAUAAUACCAAGGUUUAGGCGAUUGUUUGCUAAUAGAUAUGAUGCAAAACAGUUGAUGUGGCAUGUUGAAGGCAGAAAAAUUGAUGGAUUGCUCCGACAUCCGGCUGAUUGUCCGCAAUGGAAGGCAUUCGAUGCUUUGUAUCCUGAUUUUGGGAAUGAGACCAGAAAUCUAAGGCUUGGUCUUGCCUCCGAUGGAAUGAACCCUUUUGGUAACUUAAGCACCAGUCACAGUUCAUGGCCUGUUUUGUUGAUGAUUUAUAACCUUCCUCCUUGGUUGUGCAUGAAACGGAAGUACAUAAUGCUUUGCAUGAUGAUAGCAGGACCAAGACAGCCCGGUAAUGAUAUUGACGUGUAUCUAGCUCCGUUGAUUGAAGACCUACGAACAAUGUGGGAACACGGGGUAGAUGUUUGGGAUGGGAAUUUGCAGGAGACCUUUAGGUUGCGUGCAAUGGUUUUUUGUACCAUAAAUGACUUUCCAGCAUAUGGAAAUUUAAGUGGUUACAGUGUGAAAGGCCAUCACGCAUGUCCUAUAUGUGAGAAAAAUACAAGUUUCGUCCAACUAAAACAUGGAAAGAAAACAGUAUACACAAGGCAUCGAAGAUUUCUGAACCAGUUCCAUCCAUAUCGACGAUUGAAGAAAGCUUUCAAUGGAUCUCAAGAAAAUGAAAGUGCGCCAAAACCGUUAAAUGGUAAAGAAGUACAUGAUCGUGUCAACGACAUCAUAACUAUCUUUGGGAAGACGCAAAAGAAAACCAGUAGUGAGACAAACAUCUGGAAGAAAAGGUCCAUUUUCUUUGAGCUUCCUUAUUGGUUUGAUCUUGAUGUUAGACAUUGCAAGACAAAGGAUGGUUUGAAGUGUCGUCAAGACUUGGUUGACAUGGGUAUACGGGAGCAGUUACAUCCAAUAGCAAAAGCAAUUCGGGGAAUCUUGCCUGACAAAGUUCGGGUUGCCAUAACUCGUCUAUGCUUUGUUUUUAAUGCUAUAUGUAGCAAAGUCAUUGACCCUGCAAGAUUGGAUGAAUUGGAGAAUGAGGCUGCCAUUUUAGGAGAUCCGGUUGUGGUCCUGUAUUUUGGUCAUAGUAUAGGGUUUUAG